AUGGAGAUUCCUCCCGACGUGGAGCGGAUCAGGACUCUCCGAAGCGACAGCAGAGGCUCUGUGCUGGAGUUCUGCUGUUACCUUAUCUCGCGUUGGCAGCCCUGUCGGGCUCCUGCGUGCGUGGCCGACCCCGCGGCAGACGCCAACCUGUCCCUUUGCUUUCAGACUCUAGGUCACUUGGAGAAGGCUGUGGUUCUCGAGCUCACCUUGAAGCAUGUGAAAGCACUAACCAAUCUCAUCGAGCAGCAGCAGCAGAAAAUAAUUGCUUUGCAGAAUGGUUUACAAGCGGGUGACCUGUCAUCAAGAAACCUUGAUUCCAGCCAGGAAAUGUUUCGAUCCGGUUUCCAGAUGUGUGCCAAGGAAAUGCUGCAAUACCUGGCAAAGCACGAGAACGGCAAGGACCUGAAGUCGUCCCAGCUGGUCAGCCAUCUGCACCGAAUGGCCUCCGAGGUGCUCCAGGGCGGAGCCGGCCGCAAGUCCGGAGACAUCCCUCCUAAAAUGGUGGACUUGAAAGAGAAACCCGUCUCCUUGACCAAAGCGGCGGAGGGACAUGGGAAAAACUGCGUGCCUGUGAUCCAGAGGACAUUUGCUCACUCCAGCGGGGAGCAGAGCGGCAGCGACACAGACACGGACAGUGGGUACGGGGGAGAGCUGGAGAAAAGUGACUCCAAAUCCGAACAGCAGUAUUUCAAAAAGGAUACCGAACUCAAGUACGCCGUCCAGGAGAGAAUAAGCUCUAUUAAGCAAGAGACUGAGGACCCGCCGGCCAAAAGGAGCAGGCUGGAGUCGCCGGAGGACGAGGGCCCUUUUGGCAGCGACAUGAUGGGCUCUUCCAGCAGCUUCCUGGGCCCCCACGCUCACCAGCCUCCCUUGUGCCUGCCUUUCUAUUUGAUCCCACCAUCCGCGACAGCCUAUCUGCCCAUGCUGGAGAAGUGCUGGUACCCGGCGUCCGUACCUGUCUUGUACCCCAGCCUCCCAGCCUCUGCCGCAGCACUUACGGGGUUCAUGAACCCCGAUAAAAUCUCCCCGCCUCUGCUGAUGCCCCAGAGACUCCCUUCUCCCGUACCAGCCCACUCUCCUAUCGACUCCUCGGCUCUGCUUCAAGCCUUGAAGCAGAUUCCCCCUUUGAACUUGGAAACCAAAGACUAAGCGCAGUGUGACUCUUUUCCUUCCCCCCCCUUUUUUUUGUUUUUUUUUUUUUAGUUUGAGACUGUUUCACUUCUAUGUAUUGGCUGGACUGAGGUGUGGGGAUAAGGUUCACUGCACGUAGGAAGCUAAAUCCCCCUUUCUCUGACUUGUCAGGUAGCUUGGAGAAGGAUGAAGGAUGCGCCCAGGUUAGCGAUUCAGAACUGCUUCCAAAAGAAAAAAAAAAUAAAAGGGUUUUGUGCUUUACCCCUUACCUUCUUCCCUCCGCAUCUACA